UGUGCUCUUUCCUUUUGCCUUUUGUUACAGUUAGUAUUUGCGGCUAACGCAAAUGUCUUCCUCAAGUGUUUGUCAAGGGUUUCGAUCAUGUCUGGAGCCCUGGCCAGUUGAACCACAAAUUCUAAGGCUCAAAUUGGCUCCACCAGCGUCCCUCUCACUCUCUGAAUCCCAAGAGAAAUCCAGCACGAACGAUGAAAUUUCCACGAGAAUGGACAACAAUGCUGACAAGGGUGGAUGGAGUUUUCUUCUGCCUCUCAAGAAAACUGAGGAUCCUCAAUCUCAAAACGUCUAUGUCCAUCCUGCUGUGAAACACUCCUCCUCCAAGCUCACUGGAAAGAGCUUGGAAAUGUGCACAGAAAGUCUAGGUUGCGAGACUGGUAGUGAUAAUGCCAGUGGAAACUUGGACGAAUUUUCCUUCCUUUCAUCAGAAAAUAGCACCACUUGUUUCUCAAGACAAACCUCAGAACCCUGUAGAAGUUACUCUAUGUCCAGAAGAAUGAAACGUUCAAACAGCUUCCCACCUCCUCUGACUUCUAUUACAGAUUUGGGUGGGGUUCAAGUGAGGUCUCAUCGUGAAGAUGGUAGGCUAAUCUUGGAAGCUGUAACUACCCCUUCUGUUCAGCCUUGUUUUCGAGCACAGCGGAGUAAUGGCAGGCUCACUCUUACCAUGUUUCAGACAUUCCUUUCUGGUGAUGAUGAAGAAGAAAAAGUAGCUGAAGAUAAUGAAGAAGAGAAGGAGAAGGAGGAGGAGAAGGAGGAAGAACAAGAAGUUGCGGGCGUAGAUUAUGAAGAUACUGAUGCAGAGGAGUUGGAAGGGUUAAACGAUAUUGUUGAUGAUGAAAUUGGAAACAGAAAGUUGGCCCGACCAGGAAGGUGCAAGGAAAGUGGGAAUAGGAACAACAACGCGAUGCCCAAUUGGGAGCCAUUUGGGUGGCCACUUGAGCUCUCUCUUCUCUCUGUGUGGCUUUGA